CCCAGGCCCAGUUCAUGGGGGUGAUCAUCGGCGCGCGGGGGGUCAAUCACAAGCAGCUCCAGGACGUCUCGGGCUGCAGGAUCUCCAUCCGGGGGAAGGACGUCGGAGACAGGCAGCAGACCGAGGAGGAGAAGCUGAUGCCUCAGCACGUGCACAUCGAGGGGGACACGGAGGAGCAGAUCAACAAGGCGGAGGAGCUUAUCAAGCCGCUGCUCGACCCCAAGAGCCCAGAGCACGAGUACGCCAGAACGCACGGGAUGCAGCAGGUUGCGCUCGUGACGGGUUUCGCCCUCGCGAAGCAGGACCAGAGGUGCGGCGUCUGUGGUGCCCUCGGCCACCUCGGCUUCGAGUGCCCCGAGACAGAGGCGUUGAGCUACAAGAUGGCGAACGUCGUGUGCACGAUCUGUGGCGACAGGGGGCACGCGUCU